AUGAGAUACUAUCUUGAUCUGGGCACCCCUUAUUUGAACCUCAACAGUGUGGAUGGUGAGUACCAGGACUUGGUCAUGUGGGAGCAACUCCCGGAUGCGGCUCGUGCGGCUUUAAACGAUAGUAGCAAUUUUGGGAAAGCCGAAGUUCCGUUCAAUGAUGAACACUACGAGGAGCACCUCGACAAUGCGUGGCCGCUGUAG